CCCUCCCCCACCUCUCUCACACUCAUUCCUCUGUCCGUUCUGAUGGUAGGCUGGUCACCCAGUGAUGGAGACUCGGAGUUCUAAAACGGCGCCGGUAGAAAAGUAAUUCCUCGCGGUCGGUUACGGCGAGGAUAAUAACGGCAAAAGAGAUCUAGAAUGGAGACGGUUGAGCAGCUCGUGUCGUUUAACCAUAUCCAAGUCCAGCUAAACGGAGGCUCGCCUUGGGGGUUCACGCUGAAAGGAGGUCUCGAACACGGAGAACCGCUCAUCAUCACUAAAAUAGAAGAGGGUGGAAAGGCAGAACAGUGUAAGAAGCUGAGGGUGGGAGAUGAGCUGGUGAAUAUUAAUGGAUCAGCCCUGUAUGGUUCACGACAAGAGGCCCUCAUCCUCAUCAAGGGAUCCUAUAGGAUACUGAAGAUCACCGUACGCAGGGUUCGACAGGAAGCUGUGAAGCUGUGAGGAGGACAGGAGUCUGUCCUCUAUCAUCCUGUGUGUGUGUGUGUGUGUGUGU